ACGGUUUUCACCAGCCUAACUUGAGAUGGCGACCGAAGUGCAGGAAAUCUUGGAUCGAACGACCAAGAAGGGCCGCGUGUACUACCUCGUGCGAUGGAAGGGCUUCACUUCGGAUCAAGAUACAUGGGAGAGCCGCGUGGACCUUCGCCAGGACGGGCAUUUCCAUCACAUUCAAGUGUUUGAACUAAAGCGAAAACAAGCAGAGGACAAGGAAUUCGACGAGCGCAACGGCGAUGCGAUUGUACCUGUGGACGCAUUCGCUGAAAAGGCUUCACGCAAGGGCCGCCCGAGCAAGAGUCCGUCGCGUGGUCGUAGCCGCAGUGUCAAGCGUGAUCCAUCCACGCCGCGCCGCGCUCGUUCGACGUCUCGAAAGACCAAAAGCGACUCGUCCAGCGACGACAAAGCCAAAGCUUCGGCACCGACUGUGGUCGAUCUGUCCUCCACUGCGUCGUCGACCGUCGAAUCCUCGACCGUAGUCACGGAAAGCAUCUUUAACUCGUCCAAGUCCUUCGCCGAAACCACGACGACCACCACUGUAGACGGUACCCAGGCCGACGACGAAGGCGACGACUCGGACUCGGUGUUCAACUCGUCCUCCAGCGCCCCAUCCAUCCCAGCGGACGUGGACAACAGCGUCGUAUCCGAUGCUGUUGCCGACUUGGUCAAACAAGGCUGGCUUGUCCAAGCUGUCGGUAUCUUGGUCGUGUGUCUCGCCAUGCUCGGCCAUAUUUUGGUGCCCCACAUCGAAGCCAACAUCCCCAUGUCUCAAGAAGUCAAGACUGUGGUUUUAAUUCUGACCAAGACCAACUCGUUGCCGCCCCUUGUGACGCUCGCUCUCGUUCUGCGCGGGCAAAACAACAGGGGGCUCUCCAAGUGGAUUGCGAUCUGCCUCGUGUGGCGCACUGCCGCGGAAGUGAUUUUGCAAUUGCCCGACCCCAAGGUAACCAAGAUCAUCCGUUGUCGAUGGACUUUAUCAAAACCGGGCCGCUCGAAACUCGUUCGUGUACUAGAGCUUGUACUUGACCAUGGCACUUCUGUGCGUGGGUGUGGCCGACAUGGCUGGGCUCGUCGCGCUUGGGUCGGCAGUCGGGGGGAGCCACCCCGACUACGACGUGUUCACACAAACCCUGUGCAGUUUCGGGUUUGCGCUGCUCGUGAUGUCGGACAGCCUCUUAUGUCCGUUGCACCAAGUGCUUGUGCCCCUCCAAGCAAUGCGAGUCCUCAUCAUGUCCCUGGCGACCGUCUUUUUGUCGAUGAGCUCGAUCUUGGCCGAAGUGUAAAUAUGCUACAAAUUGGGUCGUCAAAGCGAGAGUUGUUGGAAAUAGCGGUCGAAGGGCAGAGGUAGUACAAGGGUUACAUGGUGUUUUCCUAGAACGACUGGCUGUGGACGGCUGCCGUAAACGCUUUGGGCGCAUCGCGAUGAGACAACACAUUUCAUUCAACUGGGGUUUACGGGGUCGCUA